ACAGCAUAAUUGCGUAUAGUGUAGUUUUUUGUUUUUGUUUUGUUGUUGAUCGUCGUCUUCCUGACUGCAAAAAACACAGAGCUUCAUUCUCCCUAGCUAUGGCCGCCUGAAAAAACCGUUAUCACUUUCUCUGCACCUCACUCACAUAUCCAUCACAAACAAAUCGGAUCUACAGUAAAGGGGAGUUGCGGUCAUGGAAAAGAAUGAUGGUUCAGGUAGCCCGGGUUGGGGUGCUUCGUUUAUCUUGCAGACAACAGAAGAGAUUGCCAGAGCUGUAUACUCGUCAAAAGAGGACAGUGGUGGCCAUCUUCAAAAGCUUCAGGAUCAAUUUUUUCGGGUACUGAAAGGCUUAUCACAGACUACUGAAGAGAAAAGUUCCUACAAUCCGGAAGUAUUAACCUCCCAAAAGCGUCAGUGGGCUAGCUUCCAUUUGCAGGCCCUGAUUUCAGCAUCGCAGGAUAUUGAAAGAACCGUCAAGGCUUUUCGAGAGCAUGGUAGUAGUUGGACUUCAUCCUAACUCUGAUAUUCAGUUAGGUUCAGGAAGGCUGCAGAAUGCAACUAAUGGUCAACAUCAGUCAACUUUGGCAGUUGCAAAUCUUGAGCCUCAGGUUCUGUUUGUGUACCCUCCGGAUAAACAGCUGCCUUUAAAGUACCGGGAUCUCCUUUCAUUCUGCUUUCCUAGUGGAGUGGAGGUUAAUGCUGUUGAAAGAACUCCAUCUAUGAGUGAACUCAAUGAAAUACUUCUCGGACAGGAACACCUUAAACAAAGUGACCUCUCCUUCAUAUUUAGGUUACAGGGUGCUGAUGAUUCGAUUCUGUAUGGUUGCUGUUUAGUAGCUGACGAAUUAGUGCAAAAACCGUCCAGAUUAAUUUCCAUGAUGUCAGAUGGAGGACCUGCUCGUCUAGUUUCCAGUCGCCGUAUUUUAACAACUCGCAGAUGUUACUGCAUUCUUUCAAGGCUUCCGUUUUUUUAUCUGCAUUUUGGCGUAUUAAAUAGCAUCUCGACUGAAGAAAGGUUGGAACGAUUAAGACAAAGUGUAAUCGGCUUAGAUCUUGAGUCUCCUGUUGUGUGUGCCAAUGAAGAAUAUUUAGACAACAACACAUGCGGUAAUUCAGCUGAAAGUGGAGCUCAAGGAAUGCCGAACGGAACCACUGAGACCGUUCAAUUAAGCAGGCACGAUUCUAUCAACGAUACAGCCACAGAUGAUCAAUCCCGUAUGGUAGAUCAUGCAACAAUAACGGACUCAUCUAGACAAGAAUCUCUAGCUGCUGAACCGAUUCCGAAGUUCGUUGAGGGUCCUGCUUGUGAUAUAGUUGACAAUAACCAACCAACUCAACGGCAUAUACCAAAUGCAAUUUUGCCUCUUCUACGUUAUCAAAACUGUGAUAGCUCAGAAUCUUCCUCAAGUUUACAGGGCUCACCAAGUGACGAUAGAAACAUUAGGAGUGAGCUUGAUUUGGCAGAAAUGGAUGAGGCGUCUUUCUCUAGUCAAGAAGAUAAUGAACUUGAUGAGAUUCUUGAUUGGGCCAAGGCAAAUAGUCACGGAUCCUUGCAGAUAAUAUGCGAGUAUUACCGAUUACAUAUCCCUGAAAGAGGCUCAACAAUCAGGUUCCACCCUCUGGAGCACCUUCAUCCUUUGGAAUUUCACAGACCCGAAGAAACAGUUUUACACGCUGGCUCUGAUUUGGUGUCACACAACACAAAUCUUGAAAUUGCAGAGGCUUACAGUGCACUUGCAGUUGAGGAGGAGGCAACUGCUAUGUCAGUAUGGGCAAUUGCAUGCUUAUGUGGCUCCUUACGUCUUGAGCAUGUGUUGACAAUAUUUGCAGGUGCUCUGUUGGAGAAGCAAAUUGUAUUCUUAUGCUCUAAUCUGGGAAUAUUGUCUGCUUCAGUGUUGUCAAUUAUUCCUCUGAUCCGCCCCUACCACUGGCAGAGCUUCUUGAUGCCGGUAUUGCCAAAUGACAUGCUGGACUUCCUGGAUGCACCUGUUCCAUUUAUUGUUGGUGUGAAGCACAAAACUGCUGAAGUACAGUCCAAGACAGCAAAUGUUAUCUUUGUUGAUGCAAACAAGAACCAGGUGAAAUCAUCAUCAUUACCACAUUUGCCCCGACAAAGAGAAUUAUAUACGGCUUUAAGUCCAUACCACUCCCAGCUUGUGGGAGAAAGUUAUCUAGGCAAAAGGAGACAGGUUUAUGAUUGCUCUGAGGUGCAGGUUGAAGCUGCAAAGGGAUUUCUCCAAGAAACAAGAUCUUACUUAGACUCUCUUUGCUCUAACCUACGUUCUCACACGAUUACAAAUGUUCAGUCAAAUGACGAUAAGGUAUCUUUGCUGUUGAAGGAAAGUUUCAUCGACUCCUUUCCUAGCCGUGAUCGACCUUUUAUGAAGCUUUUCGUAGAGACACAACUCUUCUCUGUACAUACAGAUCUGGUCUUAUCGUAUUUCCAGAAGGAUUAGCACAGCCAUGUAAGCUUGGUAAUGCAAUCAAUGUAUAAUAAUAAUAAUAAUUUUAUAUACAACUUCUGAAACUUGUUGUUUAAACAUUUAUUAUAUUAUAAUAUACAAUUUGUUUUCA